CUGGGUUUAUUAUUAACUGCAUUCUUCUUUUCUUGUCAAUAUGACUGGAAACAUUGAGCAAAAGUCAACAUCCUCAUCACGUUUGUUCGUAUUCAUCACUUGUGCUGUAUUUCGCUUAUUCAAUGCGUAUUUUACACGUACCUAUGACAAUGCGGAUGAAUACUGGCAAGGACAAGAAGUAGCUCAUUACCUCGUCUUUGGUAAUGGCUACUUGACUUGGGAAUGGCGAGAGAGGAUAAGAAGCUUUGCUCAUCCAUUGGCGAUCGCUGCAGUAUAUAAAGUCAUUCAGUUAUUAGGGCUAGAACAUACCGAUCUAUUGAUAAUGGCUCCUCGAUAUUUUCAGGCUAUCUUGAAUGCUGUUGCUGAUAUGGCUACUUACAACUUUGCUAAAAAAGUACUUGGAAAUCAAAUCGCACUACCUAUGCUCUUUACGACAUUGUGCUCUUGGUUCAACUUUCAUAUGGCCGCACGUACCUUAUCUAAUAGCAUGGAAAUGGUGUUUACAAUGAUUGCGUUGAAUUAUUGGCCAUUACCAGGCAUUGCUACGACUGUUGGUAGAGCAUGGAUCAAGGACUAUCGUAUAGCAUUGGUUUUUGCCUCAUUUGCAUGUAUCAUGCGACCAACGAAUGGUCUGAUUUGGCUAUUUCUUGGUUGUCAAUUGCUCCUAGUAAGCAAAAGCCGUAUCAAAGUGGCAGCAAAUGCUUUUAUGAUCUGUACUCUUAUCGUCUUGUUAAACAUGUUGAUAGACAGUCGUCUCUAUCAUCAAAGUUGGACGGAUGUUGUGUUUACACCUUACUCUUUCUUUAAAGUAAAUGUGAUUAAUAACAUUUCUCUGUUUUAUGGUGUCCAUACAUGGCAUUGGUAUUUAUCGCAAGGCUUACCUGUCAUUUUCACAACAUUCUUACCAUUCAUUGGGAUUGGUUUGUACCAUAUUUACUCUCAUCCACAGGUUUAUCACCGCAUAAAAUUUCUCUUGGCCUUGAUCGUUUGGGUGCUUGGCAUAUACAGUGUGCUGCCUCAUAAAGAGUUUCGUUUCAUCUUCCCUGUUGUCCCUCUUUUGUUGAUGGUAUCAGCUUAUGGCCUUCAACAAACCCAAAGACGCAAGGCAGCACUCUUGUUCUUACUUUUAACACAACUACCUAUGGCAUUCUAUUUGUCGCUUUGGCAUCAACGAGGUGUAGUUGAUGUCAUGCUUUGGUUGCGCUUAGAAGCUCAAUCAAAACCAAUUUCAGUGGGUGUCAUGAUGCCUUGUCAUUCUACGCCUUGGUAUUCAAUUGUUCAUCAAAAUAUACCAAUGUGGUUCCUUACAUGCGAACCACCAUUAUCAGGUACAUAUAGUUUGGAUGAAGCUGAUCAAUUCUACGCAGCUCCUCUUGAGUUUACCAAGACACAUCAAAAGGACAGGCAAUGGCCUCCUUCACAUUUGGUUUUGUUUGAAAAUUUGUUGCCUCAAUUAGGAGAUUAUCUUCAGGAACAAGGUUACAGAGAGUGCCAACGAUUUUUCAAUAGCCAUUUCCAUGAUGAUAGUAGAAGAAGAGGUGAUGUUGUUGUUUUAUGUCACUAACCAAAAAAAAAAAAAAAAAAAAAAAAAAGAGAAA